ACAGCUUCUGGGUCAUGUGGCCAGCAUGACAAAGCUGCUUCUGGCAAACAAGAGCAGUGCACGGAAACACCGUUUACCUUCCCGCUGGAGCGGUCCCUAUUUAUCUACUUGCACUUUGAUGUGCUUUCGAACUGCUAGGUGGGCAGGAGCUGGGACCGAACAACACGAGCUUACCCCGUUGCAGGGAUUCGAACCGCCGACCUUCUGAUCAGCAAGUCCUAGUCUCUGUGUUUUAACCCACAGCGCCACCUGGGUCCCUAUAACAUUAUCAUACAUGACCAUAAAAACACCUUUGACAUAGAAUCAUAGAAUCAUACGGUAGAGUUGGAAGAGACCACAAGGGCCAUCCAGUCCAACCCCCUGCCGAGCAGGAAACACCAUCAAAGCAUUCUUGACAUAUGCCCGUCAAGCCUCUGCUUAAAGACCUCCAAAGAAGGAGACUCCACCACACUCCUUGGUUGACCCAGCACAAGAAAGAAACCUCCUUCAUUAUGAAGCUAUAGAUGAAGGCAGGAUUUGGUUUCCCAAAGGUGCAACAAUCGAGGACAUAUGAGCAAAUUGUCUUUCACCAGUACUAAGCUUUGGGCCUUUUUACUACAUAAGUUUUGAACACAAGUUAGAAGGUAGGAGUCUGUGUGUUUCUCCCCUUCUACGUGCUCUAAAACUACUCCCAGUAGUGACUGGUGUGGUGUAGCUUUGGAGGCACCCUCCUGACAUCAGUGCUUGGAUGGACAGGGCAGGGUAGUGAUGAGGUUGGGUGUUUGUGGCCGCCAAUGGAGGUUGUAAAACAGCCCAACCUUGAUAUCACCCAGCCCUGCCCAGGUAAGCUGCAGUGAUGCUAGCGUUGGAGGGGAAGCUUCAGUUCCACUCUACCAGAUUCUAUUGAUUAUUUGCCUUCAUUAUAUGCAAAUUGGAAAUCAUGCCUUUGAACUGAUACUUGCAGGACUUUCACCUCAAGGUGAAAUGGAAUGGAUAUGCUAUAGCUAAGCUAGACAUGGCACUGGAGAAUGAAUGCAGGUCCUUCCCAAGUCUAGAGGGCACCUCUGCCUCCUCCCCAAACAACUCUGGUGGCUUCGGGAGGGAAAUAAAAAUACUAGCACCUCCUGCUGGUGUUUCUUCAGUGCUUCACUGUUGAGUUCUGGACUGGUUGCUGCCACCUGUUCCUUCCUUGGCUUCAGCCUCCCCCAAUCCUCAUAUGCUUACCAGGCUGGGCUGUGGUGACAAUGGAGGGUGGCAUCACUCAGCAAAGCAACAAAGAAAAAUGCUGUUGCAGGUACCAUCUUUGUUACCCCAGAGUGGUGACAAAGAAGAGAAUAGGACAGUAUGCCUGGCAGGUCCUUCUGUAGGCUAGACUAAAGGAUGGAAAUAAUGAAAUUAGCUGGGGUGAGGAAGGAAGUGGAAAGCCAUGUUGUUUUGUUGUUGUUUGGUGGCAGCUAUGGCAACUGAGUCAUAGCAGUAGAGAAGUAAAUAAUGUAUUUUUGCAUGUGUGAAGUUCUGGUGUAUGUAUGUGUAUACUACUAGUCAACUAAAAAAAUGACAGAAAAAUCUAGGGUUGGGGGGGGGAAUGCUUCAUCCCUUCUUUCAAGAUCCUUAGUAUCCAGUCCCUUUUAUAAGAUAGAUGAAGUGAACCAAUAUAAUGUCAAAGUCAGAGUGUGGUGUUAUCGUCAUGUUGGAAAAUAUUAUUUUGUAAAUUAAAUACUGCCUAAAAUAGACUUACUAAGCAGUUUCAUAAUGACUUCCAAGUAGGAGUAUUUUUCUCGUAAGUAUCUGAGAUGAAGUUAUUGCUAUGACUAAGCUAAAGUGAAUAUUUACAAAGUGCAUAGUUGAUGCCAUUCCCAAAGCAUUUACUAAGCUAGAAAAAAAUCCAUUGCAUCAAUUUUUGCCUAGCAUCUUUCUUCCGUCAUUACUUAAUCAUUAAAGGAACCCAUUAUUAAAGUAUAAUGCAAGCUAGAAAUGUACUGAUGUUCACUGGUUCCAUUCCCACCACCAACACACUGAACUUUCUGUCUCAGUGGACUUUGACCUGAAAGUUUUUUAAAGCAUUCCAUGGCACCCCAGACUGUGUUUGGGAUAGGUGUCAUCUUUGAAUAAAACUGAAGUCAGAGUUCUAGCAGCUCUGACAUCCUGUCUUUGGUAAUAGCCAGCAUACUUCAUGUGUGAUUUUUCUGUUGUGUACACAUACACACAACACUUGCACAUACACAUUCACAUACACAUACAGUAGUCACUUAAAUAAUAAUAAUAAUAAUAAUAAUAAUAAUAAUAAUAAUAAUUUAUUAUUUAUACCCCGCCCAUCUGGUUGGGUUUCCCCAGCCACUCUGGGCGGCUUCCAACCGAAUAUUAAAAACAGUACAGCAUCAAACAUUAAAAACUUCCCUAAACAGGGCUGCCUUCAGUUGUCUUCUAAAUGUAAAAUAGUUGUUUAUUGCCUUGACAUCUGCUGGGAGGGCGUUCCACAGGGCGGGUGCCACUACCAAAAAGGCUCUCUGUCUGGUUCCCUGUAACCUCACUUCUCGCAAUGAGGGAACCGCCAGAAGGCCCUCGGUGCUGGAUCUCAGUGUCCGGGCUGAAUGGUGGGGAUGGAGACGCUCCUUCAGGUAUACAGGACCGAGGCCGUUUAGGGCUUUAAAGGUCAGUACCAACACUUUGAAUUGUGCUUGGAAAUGUACUGGGAGCCAGUGUAGAUCUCUCAGGAUCGGUGUUAUGUGGUCCCGGCAGCCACUCCUAGUCACCAGUCUAGCUGCCGCAUUCUGGAUUAAUUGCAGUUUCCGGGUCACCUUCAAAGGUAGCCCCACGUAGAGCGCAUUGCAGUAGUCCAAGCGAGAGAUAACCAGAGCAUGCACCACUCUGGCGAGACAGUCUGUGGGCAGGUGUGUUCUCUCAGUCAUGCACUGCACAGAAGUAUAACUUCCCCUCUGUUAGGUAGUGAAAGAAUGAAGCAUACGAGGCACUCUUGUGGAAACUGAGACAAUGAGUGGUAUUCAGUUAAACAGUUCCACUAGUGCAAUGACUUUUAGCUGCACGGUGGAGCUUUUUCGCUCCCUGUGCAACCCCUAAAUCUGUUCUGGGGGCUCCCACAAUCUUGAAGAGCAGAUUUAUGGGGCAUGCACAGGAUGAAUGGGGAGAGGAGAAGGCAAGGGGGUUCAAAUUCUCAGUCAUAUGUCUUUGUGCUAGUGGAACAUUCAGUUGACUAUGCUAAUAUCCAGGGAAAACCUGGAAAGGCAGACAUCAACCGCAUACCUUAAAAACUGAUAUAGGAUGAACCUGAAAGCAAUUGAAAAGAGCAAAGUAAUAAGGGCCUCAAGGAGGCUUUCACCAAAGUGAGCAAAUGCUGCCUCUAUUCCCUAUCUACUGUCCCCCCACUUCUUGCUUUCAUUCUCCUUUCCACUUUUUAGUUUCCCCUUCCCUAACUUAUUCAUCCAUUGCCUCUUUCCUUGCCUCCAAAGAUGCCCUGGAAUGCUGUUUUACCGGCUUCUUAUAUCUCUUUAAGGCUAGGAGAUAUGACUAUACUUCAAUAGCUUUCUGAUUCCUUCAAGACCCAGAAAUGCGGCUAUAAAAGUCCCACAGAAGUCAUAUUCCAAGUCAGAGACCAUGGAAGGGUCAGGAUAAACAAUCACAAAAUAGGUCUCAUGGUUCUGCAUAGUAAAAGCAGUGUUUUAAAUUAGCCAGGUGUCAGGUGCACUUUGCACCUGGUUUUUGACCACUUGCAACCAAGUGAAGAUGCCUGGGUGCCAGGAUGGUGCCUGACAUCUCCACCAUCUGGAGGUGCAUGCCUGGGGAUCAUUGGAUCUGGUUUGUUUUCACAUACUAAUAUCCCAUCCUUUAGAAUUCUAUCAUUUAUAUUUCAUCUGCACAAUCGGAAUGAAUUUCUGGAACCAAUAUGCUUUUUCUGUGCAGCCUAAGCAGGUUCAGUCACCUUUAAGAAAAGGUGGUCAGAAAAGGCCAAUACAGUCAUACCUCGGUUUAAGUACGCUUCGGUUUGAGUUCUUUCAGUUUAAGUACUCCGCAGACCCAUCUGGGACGGAUUAAUCCACUUUCCAUUACUUUUAAUGGGAAAGUUCACUUCAGGUUAAGAAUGCUUCAGGUUAAGUACGGACUUCCAGAACCAAUUACACUCAUACUUCGGGUUAAGCACGUUUCAGGUUGAGUACUCCGCGGACCCGUCUGGAACGGAUUAAUCCACUUUCCAUUACUUUCAAUGGGAAAGUUCGCUUCAGGUUAAGUACGCUUCAGGUUAAGUACAGACUUCCAGAACCAAUUGUGUACUUAAACUGAGGUACCAUUGUAUAUUCAUGGACUGUCCCUGGAUCAAGUGACUUUUCUUCUUUAAGUUCUCAACGUUCUUAACCUAGCUCAAGUUGUCAUCUGAACUAGCCAGAUAGUCAAUCAUGGUCAAUCCAUCAUUUGAAAAAUAAGAUUUUAGAGCUCUUUUACCCAAAAAUGGCAACUAGACAUUCUGUUUUGGUGACUGUAACUUGGUUUAAGGAGCCACUUGGCACCUAGCUUAUAUAUCUGAGUUUCUAACACUGCGUGUUGCUAUCACUUCCUGUCCCAUUUAUUUGCAUCAAAGGCAACAUACAGCUAUGCUAACCAAAAUGUCUUAUAGCAUGAAGGGAGUCCUCUGUUUUCAUUUUUUAGCUGUAUACAUAAUAAAUUUGUACCAAUCAGUUGCAAAAGAAUCUUUAUGCUUUGAACCUUGUGACAUUUUUAUUUUAUUAGUCACUUUUUCCAUUAGUGCUUUUUAUUGUACUUUAUUGUACCAGUUUGUCAAAAAAGCACACUCUGAUUUCUUCCAGUAUCUUUGUAUUAUCAGCCUGGCUGCUAGUAAAAUAUGGGUUGUUAGGGGUUUGAAAUGUAAGUUUAUGUUGUCUCUCAUAACAAAAAAUUGAGCAGGGUCAGCUCUGGACAUUUUGAGGCAUUUUGUCCAAUAACUGCUUUUCUUUCAACAAAUACUUCCUCACAGAAUUGAGCCACUCUUAACCCCCCUCCAUACCCCUCAUGAUAUGUUGAUUCAAGCAUAAUGCCUCUCCAACAGCUUAGUGAAUGUCAGGAAGUAAUAUGAGCCAAAUGUAUAGGUGUGAGAUGGCAUUUCUACAAUGUUUUGAGUGCUACCUCUUCUGUUGAGGCCAAGGCAGAUUUCAAAACAUAUUUCCCCCAUGUUGAGGUCCAGUCAUCUCUACUGAUAGUAAUCUGUCAGCUUCCCACAUCUGCCUUAGACCUUCAGCUAUAUCCGUAUCUAUUAAGAUUAGCAUGCUGUACAGUCUAGGGACACUCAACCCUGUUCUGUCAUUUUGGGGAGAGCCCAACAAUAGCACAAAAGGGGUAAGGUCUCUCAAUGCCUGUUCUUUGAUGUGGAUUUGGCACGUGAAAUUUCCAGUUUGGUACCACGUCAACCAACCAUAUAUUUUAUCAUGAUGUCAUCAUCCAGUGAGCAUUAUGAAAAAGGGGAAAAACAGGAACCUGGAACAGGCAAGUUUCCACUGCCUACUAUUCCUUCAAAUACCGUAAACAGUACUGCUUCCAUGUUAUUCAAAAUACAUGUUUGUUCUGCUGUAGAAAAAUACUGAGUUUUAGAACUGAGUCAGUCUGUCAGUAUUCUAGUCUGAAGGAAAUGUAUUUGCAUCUGGAUUAGUUUUCUGAAAACGGGGACAUAUUUAAGGCACUGGCAUUAUGUAUAUUGAAGUACAGUAUGUUUUAACCUGCCCAUACAAAUUUGAGAAUGAGGUCUUUAGUUCAUGGACACAAUGUUGAUGUAAAAUCAUUAGUUCUAAAGUAGCAACUUCCUACAGGGAAAGGGGAGGGAAACUUUUGUUGCUAGUUCUGACCAAAUAUAGACUUGCUGUGGCACUGACUCACAUCAAGUAGAAGUGCACAUUCACUGUUAAGCCUUUUGGGCAAGAUUUUCAGUUGCAGUGAAUGAAACUGAGUCAGGGAUAUCUCAGCCUUAUGGUACAGAUUAUUUUAGGAUUAGUGCAGAUAUUAGAUAAAAAACUUGGUAGUCGUGCUCUUUGCCUGCUGUUUUGAAAGCUAGUACUGUACAGGAACAUGGUGAGCUCUUAGUUUUGUUUUGUCUCCUUCAUAUGGUUCUCAAGUUUCUGGUUUCUUCUUCUUCAUUUUAUUAAGCAGCUUAAAAUUUUAUUUUUUGCAUUUUCAAUUUUACAAACAGAAUUUAAAAAACCCUACAAACAUAAAAACCCCUUUGACUUACUUCCCCACCUUCAUGGAUCUUCAUAUAAUAAUUUUCCCUUCUGCAUCUCUUCCAGGCUCUGUUUUUAUAAAUCCUUUAUCACUCCAUAGUUCAAAUUUUUACUACAAGUUUUCUGUCAAUCCUACCAAUGUAUGUAAUUGUUUACAGUAUUUUUUAAAAUAAAUAAUAAACUUCCCCCAUUUUUUAUUAAAGCCAGUCUCUUCCUGGUUUCUAAUUCUUCCUGUGUUUAGCCCUCUCAGCAUAAUUCAUCAGUUUUAGUUGCCACUCUUCCUUGGUCAGAGUUGUGCCAUCUUUCAAUCUCUGGGCUAACAGCAUCCGUGCAGCUGUGGUUGCAUGUAUGAAUAAUUUUGUCUGGUCCUUCAGGAUCUCUGGAGCUAAAAUACGUAAAAGAAGAGCUUCUGGGUUUUUUUUACAAAACAUUUUCAGCAUUUUUUCAAUUCAUUAUAUAUCAUUUCCCAGAAGUCUAUUAUCAUCUUACAUGACCACCACAUGUGAUAAAAUGUGCCCUCUUUCUCUUCACAUUUCCAGCAUGUUUUAGACUUUGAUUUAUACAUUUUAGCUAAUUUACUAGGAGUUAAAUACCAACGAUACAUCAUUUUCAUAUAGUUUUCUUUCAAACAGGCUGUCAAUUUUAAUCCUAUUGUCCAUAAUCUCUCCCAUGCUUCACCUAGUGAAUCAUAACCGAUUUGACCUGUUCAUCUUUUGUUUACCAGCCUAAUAAAAGUUUAUACAUUUUUAGAAAUUAACUUAGUUUUAUUUUCUAAAAGUUCCCUUUUGAACUGGGAGGUUUUGUUUUUAUCCAUCUUAAACACUUCAUUAAGUUGGUGAUAUUGCAACCAAGCGAUUACUAAUUCUCUUAUGUCUUAUGGGGCUUAUUUGGGGGGUGCACGCCGCCUUCGUGCUUCCCCCAAGGCUCUCAUGACGAGCUCACCAUUCAUGGAGAACACGGCUCACCAUCCACUGCCAUUCUACGGUAAUCCAGAAGUCCAAGUUUCUGGAUUAUUGUUUAUCAAUCUACAGUGCUACCUCUGGUUAUGAACUUAAUUCGUUGUGGAGGUCCAUUCUUAACCUGAAACCAUUCUUAACCUGAGGUACCACUUUAGCUAAUGGGGCCCCCCUGCUGCCGCCAUGCCACUGGCGCACUAUUUCUGUUCUCAUCCUGAGUUAAAGUUCUUAACCCGAGGUACUACUUCCGGGUUAGCGGAGUUUGUAACCUGAAGUGUUUGUAAGCUGAGGUGUUUGUAACCUGAGGUACCACUGUAAUGUCCUUGCAGAUGAGCCAGAGUAAUUACAAUUUCAGUUGAAAUUUUGACAUACCUAUAUUGGCACCACCAUAUAGGUUUUGAAAUGAUCCACAGCAAUAUUUUGAGCUAUGAAGGCUCUAGUUGUGCUCUAAUUGAGCAAUACUGAAGCAAUAUUUUUAAAAUUCAUGGAUGAGCUCAAACCCUUAAGCAAUAACAAAAAAGCACUCUCAUCUUACAAGCAUACUUGGGGGAAUCUAAAGAGAUGCAGAAGUACAAUUCCCCUUCCCCCUCUCUCCUUAUAUAUAUAGAUAUAGAUAGAUAUACCAUAAGGAAAAACCACUCCUCCCCCCAAACCCAGUGAGGACACAGCAUUCCCAAUAGCUAUGGAACACUGAGUCAUUGAAAAAUAAAAUGGCUGUGGGAGGGGGGAAUAGAAUCAGCCUGACUCUCUGAAAGUGGCUUUAAAGAGGAGGGUGUGGCCUCAGCAGCCUCAAAGGCUUCAAAUUUUCACUGAUCAGCUGACAUGAUCAGAGAGAGAGCAGGCUAGGAGUGCAGAGGGGGAAAGGAGACAAAGAAUGGAAGGAGAAGAAAGCAAUGGACCUUUAUUUGAAAAUUUAUCAAUCACAGAUUCAGAACUGCCUAGCAACUCUGAGGGCCUAAGUACCACUGAGACUACAUUACUCAUCUCUGAUCUUCAAGGGAAGGCUGGAAGGAGAUACAAUCUGUUCCUGAAGCAACGUCUAAGGAUUGAUAAGCGACAUCAAAGCAAGGACUCUGUUUUCUUCAGGGAUGGUGUCCGGCGAAUAGACUUCGUACUUGCAUAUGUGGAUGAUCCAAAAAUAGAAGGAGAAAAAAAAGUGGAACGGAGACGAGAAUUUGAGCACAAUCUAGAGAAGGCUGGCCUGGAACUAGAAACUGAAGACAAGAAGGAAUCUGACAAUGGCAAAACUUACUUUGUGAAGAUUCAUGCUCCAUGGGAGGUUCUGAUCACAUAUGCUGAAGUGCUAAGCAUAAAAAUGCCCAUCAAAGAAAAUGAUAUCCCUUGUACUGCGGAAAACCCUUUGGAUUGGAUAUUUUGGCCAUUUAGACUGCCUGAAAUUGUGAUGCACCCAGAACCAGAUUACUUCACAGCCCCAUUCAGCAAAGAAAGGCAGGAACUCUACCUCAUUGAAGAUGAGAAUACAUUUUUCUCUCCGUCUGUCAGGAACAGAAUUGUUUUUUAUAUUUUAACAAGGUGUCCGUAUGGAACAGAAGAAGGGAAAAAGAAGUUUGGAAUCAAAAGGCUCUUGAAUAAUGGCACCUACACUGCUGCUUAUGCUCUUCAUGAUUGCCAGUACUGGAAGAGGGCGAAUGACCCGAAGUGUGAAAAUGAAAGGUACACCCUCUACAGAGAAUGGGCAAGGUUUCCUCGUUUUUUCAAAGAACAGCCCUUGGAUCUCAUCAGGAAGUAUUAUGGGGAGAGGAUUGGAAUCUACUUUGCCUGGCUUGGGUUCUACACUGAGAUGCUGUUCUUUGCCGCUAUCGUUGGAUUAAUCUGUUUCCUGUAUGGUGCAUUCACAAUGAAUGAAAAUAUGAGUAGCCAAGAGAUAUGUGACUCCGAAAUUGGGGGAAAGAUUAUCAUGUGCCCGCUAUGUGAUCAAAAAUGUGAUUACUGGAGAUUGAACUCCACGUGCGAGUCUUCAGAGUACUCCCAUUUGUUUGAUAAUGUGGCGACCCUCUUUUUUGCAAUCUUUAUGGGCAUCUGGGUCACACUUUUCUUGGAGUUCUGGAAGCGUCGGCAAGCUCGACUUGAAUAUGAAUGGGAUCUAGUUGAUUUUGAGGAGGAACAGCAACAACUCCAACUGAGGCCAGAAUAUGAAGCAAAAUGUACUCAAAAGAGGAAGAAUCCAGUAACGCAGGAAUUAGAAUUGGUUAAGAGGAAGACCUUACAUGACUAUGGGAAACUGAGCUGCUUGUACUUUGGAAUUUUGUUUUGGAUCUUUUUGAUCAUAGCUAGUAUGAUAGCUGUGAUAGUUUACCGCCUUGCCGUCUAUGCUGCUUUUGCCAGCAUCAUGGAGAAUGCACAAACCUUGCAGCCUAUUCAAGGUAUCCUGACACCACAACUGGCAACAUCGGUCACUGCUUCAUGCCUGAAUUUUGUCAUCAUUAUGAUACUGAAUUUCUUGUAUGAGAGGAUAGCCAUCUGGAUCACAGAUAUGGAGAUCCCAAGAACUCACCUUGAAUACGAGAACAGACUCACCAUGAAGAUGUUCCUGUUUCAGUUUGUCAACUAUUAUUCUUCAUGUUUCUAUGUGGCUUUCUUCAAAGGGAAAUUUGUGGGGUACCCAGGUCAUUACACAUACAUGUUUGAUCGCUGGAGAAAUGAAGAGUGUGAUCCUGCAGGAUGCCUGAUAGAGCUGACAACACAGCUUACCAUUAUCAUGGCUGGCAAACAGAUAUGGGGCAACAUCCAAGAGGCUAUUGUACCGUGGAUCCGGAAUUGGUGGGGCCGUCGGAAAGCCAGUAGCAGUCCUGAGAAUUUAUACAGUCGAUGGGAGCAGGACCAUGAUCUGCAGAACUUUGGAGCCUUGGGCCUAUUCUAUGAGUACUUGGAAAUGGUUAUCCAGUUUGGAUUUAUCACUUUAUUUGUGGCCUCUUUUCCUUUGGCUCCACUACUUGCUCUGAUGAACAAUAUCCUGGAAAUUCGAGUUGAUUCUUGGAAGCUUACAACGCAGUUUAGAAGACCGGUGGCAGCCAAAGCCCAUAGCAUAGGAGUUUGGCAAGAAAUUCUAAAUGGAAUGGCUAUCUUGUCUGUUGUCACAAAUGCAUUUAUUGUUGCCUUCACAUCCGAUAUGAUCCCUCGAUUGGUUUAUUAUUAUGCCUACUCUAUGGAUCCUUAUUCACCCAUGUCUGGAUACAUCAAUGACAGCCUCUCCAUAUUUCAAACCUCAGAUUUUCCUGAUAAAAACAGGCCUGACCUAAACCCAGAAAACUUUUCCACAUGCAGGUACAGGGACUAUCGAUAUCCACCAGACCAUGAGAGGAAAUAUGCACACACAAUGCAGUUCUGGCACAUCCUGGCUGCCAAGAUGGCUUUUAUCAUUAUUAUGGAGCAUGUCGUUUUCAUUGUCAAAUUCUUUGUGGCUUGGAUGAUUCCUGAUGUCCCAGCUGAGGUGAAAGCCAAAAUAAAGCGUGAGAAGUACUUAACUCAGAAAAUCUUGCAUGAGUAUGAACUCAAUAAGCUCAAGCAGAAGCUGUGUGAAAACAGGACCACCGCCAGCAUGGAAAAGGAAGUCAUUGCCACUGAAGGGAGAGUGGAGUUAUCAGACGUCAUGUAACCUGAGGAACAGCUGACUGUGAAAUUCCAGCCUGUGAAGAUUGGUUAUCCAUUAUCUGAGAUGAGCAGCUCAAUAUGCGUGAAAGCUUCUCUUUUGGUUCUAACAAUUUUACUGAAGCAAGUGGAGAGAAUCAACAUGGGUUGCCUGUUGGCCAGUCAACAAGCUACGUACCCUUGCUGCUGUGGAACCUUGAAAAAUGAAUCUGCUCAUGACACUGCAGAAAUGCCUUGCCUUUCUAAGACUGUAUGUUUCUCAUAACUAGAAUUGUCUUAAGUGUGAAAAGCUCAUAAUGUUCCACAUUUGCAGUUACAGUUCUUGCUAAGUGUGGCGAUGGCCUCCUGAAUGAGGCUCAGGAAGUUCCAGCCUGUAUUAGUAUCAUUAUUAGUUGAUAAGGCCAAGAGUUUGGUGUGAUGUCCUUCAGUUGUUGCACUGUCAACUGAUGGUGCUAGAGCCUAAACAGAAUUCUGUAUCUUUUCAUCGUGAUCUUAAAGCACUCCAUAGACUCCAGUGGAAGUGCUGUGGCUGUGGAUUUCAUGCUUCAUCUUGGUAGGACUAACCAAGCUUCAAGGCCCCUUCCAACUCUAUAGUUCAAUCCUAUUUUUGUUUGCCUGUUCUCAGAGUUGGGGAAACUGGGAUCUGAACUUCCAAUAUGUCAUAGUUAAGGUUGUGAAGGCAGAAGGGGCAUAGUGCAGAAAGUACACAAAUGUUUGGGGAGCCUUUACUGUAAGAUGCUAACAUCAAACAAACAAAAAACUAAAUUGGAUGCCUUACUUAGAGAAGUACUAAUCUGUAUUUGAUAGGUAGCAUUGGCUAUUCAAAAGCAUGUACUUUUCACAUAUUGGCCUUGAUCAUACAUUACUUUGGAACAUUACUUGGAAAAUCUUUACAUAUCACUUGUGUGCAUUUCUGCCACACAAACCUGUACCUGUCAGUACCUUUUGAGGUGGGUUGUUUUGUAGGUUAUUUUUAAGGCACAGAUAACAUAACUGUAGAUUUAACAGUUCAGUAACUGUAGUGACCUAACAAAAAUUAAAACCCACAGUUACUUUUUCCAUAAGUAAUUUCUAUGCUUAAUAAUUUUCAUCAGCCAUAUCUUCUCAGAAAUAGUAAGGGAAGUUUAAGUAAUUACACCUCAGAGUUCCAAAUGUAAAAUAAAAUAAAAUUCUAUUAUUACAUGAUUAGUAAGGGUUAGAAAGAUGAAUGCCAGAUUCUUCCUAAAAUUAGUAUGAUAUUGAAUUGGAAAUAUAUUUUAUCAAGACCAGAACCACUGAGAUAAUCUGGAGUUUUACCUGUGAUUUUAGUAGUAUUUGGGAUAUAAAGUCAUUAUUUCUGAAAUUUGUUAAAACAAUUUCAUGUUUUCAAAAUCCCUGAGUAAAUAUCUACAGGGAUAAAUGGUAAACAAAGCCAUUUGUUGUGAAUAUGCCUUAAUAAUAUAUCUCUGUGUUUGUAAAGAAUAUCUAUUCAUACUAUUUAAUGAAUGAAAGAAAGGUUAUGUACAUUAAUGUAGCCAAAUCCACAAUGCUUAGAAAUAAUGGUUUUUUAAUAUGUUGCUAAGAAGAGAAACAGUUCCUUUUUUUUGUCUUGAUACAAUUUUGCAAAUUUAUAAAGCUUAGUGUAAACUUUGCAUGCAGACUUACCGUAGCUAGAAGGUGUUACAGGCAGUGUUUUGUUAUAUAAUUUUAAGUUCUUACAAAUAUUUUUGAAGUUUUGCUACAUUUUUAUACCCGAGUCUGCCCCACACUGCAUAGUGCCUUGUUUACAUGCACUUGUGAAGGAAAAAAGAUGUGAAAAUGCUAGUGGUGUAAAUUAUGUAGCAUAAUGUAUCUUAUCAAUGAAUUCACAGGUAUUAUGAAAGUAUCGGCUUUCAAACUUAGUCUUGUGCAUUAGUAGCUGGUCAGGAGCAAGUUUUGCGAACUUCCAAGGUGGUUAGCUCAAUGCAAAUCAGUUGUGGAUGAACCUUGAGAAGCAAGCACUUGCUGAAUUCUGAAUUCACUAAACAUGAAGCAUGUAGGACAUAAAGUACUUGCACUUUGGAGCUUAUGCUUGACUGUUAAGUAUUGGAACAAAUAUCCCAGGCUGUAUCUAGCAUGUGAGCUAAAGAUUAUGCUGUUUUCUACAUAUGUGUGCUUCGGUUUCAUUUCCGAUGGCAAAAGAGCAAAUUAUCUACUUUGAAACGCUACAGUAAAAGAUCCCAAUCAAUGAAGGAACAGCACUCAUAUCCUUGGCAAAGAAAAGCGCUAGAUUAAUGGGCAAAAUCCCCAGAUUAGAUUAAUAGUAUCUGCCUCGGAAAAACAAAACAAGAAAAGAACGAUGCUUAUAGCAAAUAAGAAACUUAUACAGAUAUUGAGUAACAAACAAGAAAUUAUGCAGAUACUAGGGUUGUGCAAUGGCCCCAGGAAGAGAACAAUGAGAAUUGCAGGGUUUGGGGGUUUCCUCCUUUUUUUCCCCUCAUUGACACAUGAUAUCAGUAACUUCCCCCAAAUCAGAUAGGGCCCUCUCCUGGGGUUCUGUUGUUCUGUUUCUGUGCUUUUCUGUGCUGUAUAGUUCAAUGUUUGCGGUUAUAAUAGCAUGGUUUCCAUGACACAGUAAGCCAAAACUAUGCAGACCCCCAAAGAGGAACUUGCAGCCUCUUUGCUCCUCACUUGUCUUCUUUGCUCAGCCAGAAAGAAAGGCUGUUGUGAAGCUGCAAAUGUUAAAAUUAUGUUCAAGUAAGAACACGCACCACUUGGCUACCACUUAAUUGUUUUAGGGUAAGAAAGAGACAAGCUCCCAUUUCCCUGCACCCACCCAGUAGGGCAUUAUGGAAGAAAGUGAAUUCCUUUAAUUCUCCCACAAAAAAGUCCCUUGACGUCUUUGCAAUUUGGCAGGUUUAAUCUGUCUGAUGGAGCUCCUGGGCAUGUAAAUCUCAUCCAUUUUGACCGGGGGGGGGGGAGAGGUUUUUAGAUUAGUUUUUAGAUUCCCCAUUAUAGUAAAUGGGGAACACACAGGUUUGUUUUAUACAGAGCAGCUCUGAACCCAAAAAACAGAUUGAAGCGAACAGAGCACAGAAUGACUUAGAAGCAGAUUGUAAUUUUUUUAAGUGUGCAGAUACAAAGCAAAUCUUAGAGCCUAUGCACACCCCAUAUUUAACGGGCUGUUCCAGCAGAGAGGUCUGCGGGAAAAACCAAGGUGCUAAGGAUGCUGUCUGCAGAAUAUAAGUUGUUAGCCCAAUUUUUAUUUAUUGAACCUAAUUUCAAAGGUGUCCAUGCUCAAGAGACAGGGUUUAGGUCACCAUUGCCCUACUGCCCAUGCUUUGCUUUGUGCAUAUAUUAUAAGGGUUUGUGCAUAACCUAUAGGGUUUUGAAGAGAGUUUGGAGAGCAGUGUGACAAAAAGUAUUCUGCACCAGACUAAAUUUAGCAUCCAUCUCAAAUUUUGAAUCAAAACCUUUCUGACAAACGGUCUGGCUUACAUUUUGCUUUCUAUUUGUGAUGUGCUCAGUCUGCUAAGAUACUGUCAUUUCCCCCCCCCCCAAGAAGUGAUGUAUGUUUAAGAGAAAUAAUAUUAUAUAGUGUGUAUUAGAUAUGCCAAAGAUACAUUGCAGUCACCAAAAAAAAUCUAUACAUAUUUAGCCAAAAACACUUUCUCAUUGUUUGAGCAUAAACACUCUGCUGCUUAUUUAUAAGUGUUCUUGUAAAUAUAAAUGGAGGAUUUGCAAUCGUUUCAUGUUUAAAAUAUGUUUGUGUUAGUGUAUAAUGGACUGCAGGGGUUGUAAAACAGGCAGCAAAGAGUGCAAAUCAAGUCCAACAAAUCACCGUUCUGCUUGACAAAAAUUGCCACCCGUGUCAAACUUAAAUGUAUUAACAAAUUAAAUGUGUGUGUUUUUAGCUUGCCACACUAGAUAUUUUAAAUUGUGUAGAAUCAAUAUUUUUUUAAUAAAAAAAUGAACACUGAGCUGCAGAGUGACUUGGCACAGAUGGAAAUGAAAUAUGUGGCUGUGGUUGCACAGUACCUUUGGUUGCCUUUUGUCAAGUCCAGUUGAGAUGAAGAUUACACAAACAGCUUUGUCUGCUGUUAUUAUGCACUCUACCCAUAAUUAUUUCAGCCAGAGCGAUGAGAGGGGUUAAAUUCUUACGAAGUGGCAUGUUUAUGUAACUCUGACCUGCCAUUUGAGGAGGCUGUGGGGCAAGCCCUGAAGGUGUGCAAGGAUAUCAACAGAACAGAACUUCUGGCAACUUGUGGUACACAGGCGACCAGCCAUGUAGAGUGAUCUUUACAACUGCAUUGAGUCUAUGAUUUUGUAGUCCCUGGCAGGGCGCAAAAGCACGAGAUAUUUUAAGCCCCUGGUGGGCAACUGUACCCAUGGAAGGUUUUAUUUGUAAAUCUGGAACACUGGGAUGGCAUCCUCUGUUCUGUAUUUCUAUGCAAUUCCCUUUUAAGCAAUUUCAAGUAUUGUUUUAGUAUUGUGGGAUUAAAUUCCAGACAUUUUAAUUUGUAGGCUAUGACUUCUAGGCAAAAAUAUGUAAAGCCUCUUUAUGCUUAGCUCAAUCUGUAAGGAAACCUCAUUUUGCUCAGUGGGACUUAUUCUCAAAAAUAUGCACAGGAUUGCAGCUUUAAGUGCCCAUGUCAUUCUGAGUCCCAGUUUGUCACACUUGUACAAACUGAGCUCUCACUCAAGGAGAAUUAUAUCAGUUGUUGUCUGGGAAGCAGCAGUGCUUUUCGCUUUCUAGCAACUUUUUCAAUAGAUAUUUUUAUACUAGUCCACUGAAAGAGCCAAGUUACUAAGUACUGCUAUGAUGUUAAAUUUUCAGUUAAUUCAUAUGCAAACACUGGACCCUUGUGCCUUGUAACAACGCUUACUAAGGAAUGGUGUUGUGCAUGUUUGCCUAUAUGCCCUUGCUUCUGAGAGAGAACUGUAAGUGGUCUAGCACUACCCCAUCUGAGUUUUUGAAUUCUGCAUAAUACUCCCGUCUUAUAGUUUUUGAAAUGUGCAUCAUGCCUUGUGCAUCUGUUUACCUGUGGUGAUCUUCUUCUUCUUCUUCUUCUUCUUCUUCUUCUUCUUCUUCUUCUUCUUCUUCUUCUUCUUCUUCUUCUUCUUCUUCUUCUUCUUCUUCUUCUUCUUCUUCUUCUUCACCUUUCUGUAUCCAUGUCUUAUCAUUGUGUGAGCACUAGUCCAUAGUGCUCUGUGGACAUAGUGCACUAGUUCCAUAUGGAUUAUAUGUCAUCUUGUGUAUACUGGUGGAUGAAUCCAGUGGUUAUAUUUGUAAAUUGUUGGUUUAUGCAUGCUGAAUCAUGGUAUAUAAAUGCCCUAUGAUGCCUUUAAGGACUAUAAACUUUUAUUUUUGCUUUUAAAGUAGAAGUUGUGAUUUUAAAAAUUGCUUUACAUUUCCUUGUGACAACAAACAUUCAAGUUUCUUUCCUGAUUCUGUGCUGUGCAGUUCUGUACUCAGAAGUAAGUCCCUUUGAAUUCAAUAAAAAAUUCUCUCUUUUAAGAAAUGCAUACAGAAUUGCAACCUUGAGCCCCACUCCAGAUAUGCACACCAGUGGGUUGAAUUCAAGUUCAAGUGUAAGAGCAUCUGCCUGCCUGCACCCUCUGAAUAGUUGGUGCUUUCAGGAGGGGGGUAGAAAGGUGAAGGAUUUGAGAUUCAGUUCUCCCACACUCCUAAACAGAAUAGAAAAAAAUUCCUUCAGUAGCACCUUAAAGACCAACUAAGUUUUUAUUUUGGUAUGAGCUUUGCAUGCACACGAAAGCUCAUACCAAAAUAAAAACUUAGUUGGUCUUUAAGGUGCUACUGAAGGAAUUUUUUUCUAUUUUGCUUCGACUCAGACCAACACGGCUACCUACCUGUAACUCCUAAACAGGUAAUUGGUAUUGAACUUGCUUCCUUUUUGUCUUAUGCAGUACAGUCCCAAAUCUGCAACCACAACUAUGUAGAGUGUGCUCUGCUGAAUGCAGUGUCUUUUUGUGGACAAUGGUCUCAUUCCAAACAGACACACCUGCAAACACUGAAUCAAGAAGUCAGUUAUGCUAUAAUAUAUACCAAUCUUAACUUAGCAGAGCAGAGAUCUAACUCCGUCUUUUUUUACCCAUCAAGGCUCUGGUAGUUCAAUAGGCAUAUCAGCAUGCCUCCCAUAACAAGUCAAAAUUGGGUGAAAUGAAGAGUACCACAUCCUUUCAUUCUUAUUGUUUGUGAUGAGAGGACUUUCAGUGUUGGUGGUUGACUGUGGGCAGGGACCCUCCCACGCCCUACUUUGCUUAUUACAGAGGAUUAGUCUGCUUUAAGUUUUUAAGGCGACAUUUACUAAAUGGUUUUCAUUGGUCUUUCAGUGCAAUUUGUUGAUGUUGCCAAUUUUAAGCUAAAUUUGGGGAUCUGAGAUGUUUGCCUGGUAGUCUAAGCUUAUUCAAAUUGUGUCUCAUAAACUGAUAUAUAUGGUUAAAUCAUCAAGCUGAUAUGUGCAAUACGGGAAUCUUUUUAAAAAAUCAGCUAACUGAUGAUGGCGUUUAAAAGAUGUCUGCGAAUAGUGUGUUGCUUGUUUUGUAAAUGCAUUGUUACAUGUAUUCAACUGAUUCUGUGAAAAGUUGACUGUUAAUAAAAGGUUUUGUUUACAUCCAUA